AUGUCUUCGAAUUCGAUCACCUUUGUUGACCUGAUCCCCUCAGAGCUCAUCUUCCAAAUACUCUCAGAAUUAUCUUCUAAGGAUCUAAAGAACUUUUCAUUAUCUUCUAAAUCCUUCCGCGCCAAAUCACUUCCAAUACUUUUCCGCUAUCUAAGGUUGACGCUCGACCAUACCGAACUUACUACCGCAUUCUCAGCUUUUAAAGAUGGGGGAAGUCUGGCGAAUGUUCGGUUAGAUGUCAGGCAGUUAACGCUCUUUCCAGCCACUGAUAACACGAAUGCCAUUAUUAGCAGUUAUCAAGUAUUCACAACAUGGGCGCAUCUUUUCAACUCUCUAAGGAAUCUACAUCUCGAAAUCACCGCCUCUCCCUCCUUCGUGCAGCUUUAUCGAGACUUUUACCGGCGGAUUGUCUAUAUAAUUUUCCGCUCCCUGGAAAAAGAUAGUUUAGCGUAUUAUACGAUAAAAGAAGUCUCUCUAAAAAUCCGAACAUUACCAUCCGGAACAGCUUUACAUCUAGCGAAUCUUAACAAGGAUUUAUUACACAAAGAGAACAGGGAAUUCCUCGAACACCCUGCCUUUCGCGAUCCAUUUCCUAUUACACCGUUGACGGGGGUAUAUUUCCCGCCUAAUCUCGAGACGCUAUAUUUCGAAUAUUCACCGAUUGAAAUACUUCCCACGCCAUUAUACCCUUUAUCGAGUGUCUUAACUGCGAAGGAUACACUUAAGACUGUUCACUUGAAUAUUGUCCAGCUAGACGGAAACCGCAUGAUUGAUGAAUACUCAUUCCCUGAUGCAGAGUUUCCUAAUGUCAAAACACUGGGCAUACACCCACACUUCCUAUACGACGGUGCAAAGCUAUUCUUUCCAUUAGUAAAAUCAUUCCCAAACGUCGAAAAUCUGAUGAUAUAUAUCGACGGGCGAAUGUCUUCCGGGAAUCGUCUGAUACACGCUGAACCAUAUAAUUCGGUCUCCUUGUUUCCGAAGUUAAAGUAUCUUAGGACCUUUUGGUCUGAACAGUAUGAUUUUGUGGAUGAAGCGCAGUUUAUGUCGCCGUGGCAGCUGGAGACUGAUGCGGUAGUGAAAGGAUGGGCGACGAAUGCGAGGAUGUUGGAGGAGGUGGUUUUUGCGAGGACUGUAGAAUAUUGGAGGCGUGACGGUACGGAUAGGCUGGAGGCUAUUAAAGUGACGGUUAAAUGGGUGGAUGGAGCUGGAGGGCCUGAGGUACUUAAGUAG